CCGAACUUCAAUCUUUCUCAUGCGUUUGCAUAAUUACUCAAACUAAUCAGUUUCAUAACAGGAUUGUUUCCUUUGGCUUUAAUUAACUAUAAUUUUGGUUUUUAAUUUUCUGGGUUUAUGUUGACCUAGUUUUUGUUAAAUCUGUAUACUUCAGUUGACUUGAAUUGGAUCAGUUCUGUCAACUGUUUGCAUUUGGUAUAAACAAAGGGUUUAGUUAGAGGUGUAAGAAUUCGAGAAAAUUUGGUUCUAGAUCUAUAGAGUAGUAGUCUAGGGUUUAGGUUGAAAACUAUUGUCUAUUUAGUGGAAAAAAUUUGAUAGCAAGAUGAUUGGGAGGAAAAAUGGUCGGGUAUCACCAUUGCUUCUGGUUCUUUUAGCUCUAGGAAUAUUUUUUGUAACAUAUAACUUAUUAACUAUGAUAAUCAGCAAUAGAACUGGGGGUGGUGAUAGUUUAGAUACUUCAUUUUCGAGGUCUGACCCGGUUACUCAAAUGCCUGAAGAUUUUAAAACAAGCGGGAAAUUGCUAUUCCAUGUCGCCCUUACUGCUACUGAUGCACCUUACAGCAAAUGGCAAUGUCGGAUUAUGUAUUAUUGGUAUAAGAAAGUGAAGGAAAUGCCUGGGUCAGAGAUGGGAGGAUUCACUAGGGUUUUGCAUUCUGGGAAUCCUGACAAUCUCAUGGAGGAAAUUCCCACAUUCGUUGUUGAUCCUCUUCCUGAGGGACUCGAUAGGGGUUACAUUGUCUUGAAUAGGCCAUGGGCGUUUGUGCAAUGGCUAGAAAAGGCUACAAUUGAGGAGGAAUACAUCUUGAUGGCAGAACCUGAUCAUGUUUUUGUAAAUCCUCUGCCUAACUUAGCACGUGGAGGAUAUCCGACAGCAUUCCCAUUUUUCUAUAUCAAGCCUACUGAACAUGAGAAUGUUAUAAGAAAGUUCUAUCCCAAGGAUAUGGGCCCCGUGACAAAUGUUGAUCCCAUUGGCAAUUCUCCUGUAAUUAUCAAGAAGUCCACUCUGGAGAAAAUUGCACCAACAUGGAUGAAUGUCUCCCUUAGCAUGAAAGAUGAUCCUGAGACUGAUAAGGCUUUUGGAUGGGUAUUAGAAAUGUAUGCGUAUGCUGUUGCAUCAGCGUUGCAUGGAGUCCAGCAUACCCUUCGAAAAGAUUUUAUGCUACAGCCCCCGUGGGAUUUGGAGGUUGGGAAGAAAUUUAUAAUUCACUAUACUUAUGGAUGUGACUACUCUUUGAAGGGUGAACUAACAUAUGGGAAAGUUGGGGAGUGGCGCUUCGAUAAGAGAUCGCAUCUUCGCGGUCCUCCACCAAGAAACCUCUCCUUGCCCCCACCCGGAGUUCCUGAAAGUGUGGUAACAUUGGUUAAAAGAGUGAAUGAGGCUACAGCUAACAUUCCUGGAUGGGAUAAUGUAUAAUACUCAG